GCCCGAUUUCCCGACGUUUCUCGUUCGAACUUCGCUGUCGUUGCGGAAAUGAACACGAUAGUUAGGGCACCAAGGAAAUCAACGGCGAGGAGCAGGAACGGCUGAAAUGACGAACGCAGUCAUCCUCUCGGACGGGAAACGACAUAGUGUAUAAGAGAGCGGCCACUUCGGAUCACCCUUCAUUCGCAGUCGUAUACUUUACGUGCUUGCCUUCUCACUCGUCAUGUUCGUCCGCCACGUCUUCCCCGUCGGUGCGAUCCACGCGCUCUGCGCGAUCGGCUUGGCGUCGCUGUACCGGCCCGUGUGGGCGCACCAAGUGAGCAACAUGGAGGAUCUCCAGGAAGCGUUCAGGUUUGCACGAUGCCGCGCCACCUGCAUCGACAAGCUUGGCCUGAAGACGGGCAAGGAUGACGUCGAAUGUACAGGAGACAAGGAGUGCAACAUGUGUUGGGACGUGUGCGAUUUCUUCAACAAAGACUUCGAAGUUUGGAAACACAUGUGCACCGUAGCAGAAUUAUGUUUUCCAGGCUGUCAAGUGGCUUGCUCAUUCUGGCACAAGACGUCAUCGAAGCUACCUGGCAGCGCAGUGACGAAUCAUGCCGAGGAAGAGUACCCGGGCGUGUUCUCUGAGCCUCCGCGGCUGGAGGCGGUUGGCGCCCAUGACGUGCGUGUCACGUGGUCCCAGCCUCUGAGUGCCCAGGACGACCCUAUCGAGCGCGGGCUGGUCUACGCGCUCUUUCUGAGAGGGCUUGUCAACGAUCAACGCUGGGAGGAUGCCGGGCAGACGCAGCACCACAACGCCACGCUGAGCCGCAGCCAAAUGAAGCAGGCCUCGGAGCUUGAGAUCGUCGCACUCUCGGCUUACGGCGUCUUUGCUCACACUCGGGUGGACUUGGACUUGGACUCAGAAGUCUUCGAGGCCGUGCAGGCGGACUCUUCCGUGGCCAGUGUGCUCCCCGUGUUUUCCGCUCCGAAAGUCGUGCAGCUGAGGCACACCAGCAGACACCGGGUCGAGGUCGACGUCGUCUGGGACUUCGACCUGUCGCCGGAGGACAAGGAAGUGAAGUAUGAGGUCAUGUGGAGGGUCCUCGACAAGGCGGUGGACGUGACGGGCCGCCUGCACACGUCGCAGCAGUCGGCCACGCUGCCCCUGUGGGUGGGGACCUCGUACCUGAUCUUCGUCCGACGCCUGUCGCCGGCGACGGGAGAGCCCGACGCUGAGACGCUCUCUCGAUUCCUCGACACGCCCGUCGCGGAGCCCGAACCGACCGCACAAGACGCUGCCUCAACCAGCUGCGUGCGCUUCGAGGUGGUGGUGGCCGGCGCCGUCUUCGCCACGGGCAUCAUUUUCGUCUGCGUCGUAGCGCUGGCCCUGGUGACAAUGCGAAGGUUAACGAGGCCCAGGGGAGAACACCCUGCAGCUACCAAGUGCGCUUCCGCUCAAAAAGGUUGUUCCGAACGGCGCAGGAGCAGACAAGGCUCCCUGCUGUCCAGCAGCGCCAAGACUCUGCUCGGCAUUCAUUCCGGAAGCGGUCCUUCGAGCCCCGUGGGCGAAUCGCGUGAGGAUUUGCUGGCCGAAGCACAAUGCGAGGGUGGCGGCGGCACCAACCAGUGCUUCGUCUACGACAACCACACGGCCUAA